GUCUGUGAAUUCAUUCCAGACGACCCCGUCAGGUACUCUGGUCUUUGAGGGGUCUCAACCUCUCAGACCACAACAAUCUCUUAAUGGCCAGAUCCAAUGGCUUUGGAUCUCUGCAGCUUUUGACAUGGUUAAUCACCCUCCUUGAUCCGCCCAGCUGUCAAAGUUUGUAUUAUACCUUUCUCUUCGGGUUCUCUUAUCUGUCUGACCAUUCCUUCUCAGUCUCCUUUGCUGGAUCUUUAUCCAAGUCAUGCCUGGUAAUUAUGAGUAUCCAACAGGGCUCUGUUACGCUCCCUCUUCUCUCUUCCCUUCCUUUAUCUCUCUAUAUUAUUUCACUUGUCGAUCGCAUCAGUUCUGAUGAACUCAGUUGUCACUUCUGUGUUAAGAAUUUUCACAUCUACUUAUCCACCCCUAACCUGUCUGCUGACCUCCAGUCUCACACCUCCAACUGUGGACAUUUUGACCUGGGUGUUCUGUAGACAUCUUAAACUCCAUCUGUCCCAAGGUGAAUUCAUUAUCUUUCCUCCCACAUCUUCUCUCCUUCCAAACUUGGCUAUUACUGUUGGGGUCACAGCAAUCCUUCCUAGGCUCACAACCUAGAUUCCUCACUACCACUUGCUUCUCUCUCCCCCAUACACACUAUUGCUAAGGCAUGUUGAUUGUACCUCUCUAACAUCUUUCACUUUGGCCCCCUUUCCUCCUCUGAUCCUGCCAACAGCCUAGUGGAAACCCUCACCUCCUCAUUCUGGACUACUGGGUGCUGUGCCUGGUAACACCUGCUAAUUGGGGGAUAGGCCUAGUGCUCUGCCCUAGGCCCUCUUCCCCCUCCAUUAGCUCCCUGAGGCCAGGGAUUUCUCUUUUGUCUUUCUUUGUAUUCCGAGAGCUUGGCACUUUGGGAGCAAUUCCUCAGUCUAGAGCAGGGCUUCUUAAACUUCUUCUACUCGGGACCCUUUCUGAGUUCUGGCAGCUUGUUGGCACCGUGUGGAUUGAGCGCAUGCCCGGCGCAAAGUGCUCUUGCUUGGUGUCCGGAACCAAGGCUGCAGUGAAGUUGCCCAAAGCAAGAAAGUAAUCACGGCCAGAAACACCUCAGAUUCAUCACUGUUUGAUUUUUAAUUAAUUUUUGGUCAUUCAGUGUUCAGAAACCUUUUACUGUUGCCAAAUUUUUCUCGACCCCAUCCGGGGUCAUGACCCACAGUUUCAAAAGCAAUGACCUAGACACCCCAAGACGUUCCUGCAGAAUAAUUCUUCCCACCUUGGUCAGUUUGACCGGGAGUCAAUAAAUGCAAACAGCAUCGGCUGAUGGGCAGGUGGCAGGUGGCUAGCAGCCCCGAGGAACCAAGGGAGACACACCCACAUCUGGAGUUUUCCACAACUCUGGGGCAACGUUAACAUUUACUAGCAAAGGAGGCUGUCGGGUGAAGCUGCUCAAUCACCAAGAAGCAUUUAUCAAACAGCUCCAAGGAGAGGCAAGAGACAUUCCCUGUCUUCUGGAGCUCACGAUCUAAUGGGGGAGACGGACAAACGAACGGGAAAUAAUAAGCAGUGGGAGGUGAAGGCUGAAGGACAGGCUGCCAGGAGGUUUCGGGGAGAACGUCUUGGCCCCGGGGGUCUCAGGAGUUGCAAUGACCAGAUUUGUCGUGGGAAGGACGUUUUCUCCGCAGUUAAUCUCCCGGAACAUCUGGGGGGGUCUCCAAGGUGGAAUCUGCUGCAUCGAAGGCAGGCUGAGUCCGUCCGCACGGCCCCGAGCUGUCCUUCACUGCCCCGUUACCCUUCCUGGGGAGACGUCCUCCACGCUACAAUACCAGCCUCCAAACGGCGCUUAAUAAAGGCUAGUUAGCUGAGGACUAAGGGGCAGGGGUCACAGGGUCCGAGGGGGGAGGGCUGGUCAGCUCCCACCGCACAGUCAGAACUUUACUGAUACUAAUACGUCCAGAACAAGUCUGGGGGGCAGGUGCUGUAAUUACAUAGACCCCAUGUGACAGAUGAGGAAACUGAGGCAGGCACCAGGCUAAGGAAGUGCUGCAUUCGAACUCAGGACCUGCUGCCUCUAAACUAGGACCUCGAAUAAAUGGGCGCGCUGGCUGCCGGGAGUAAGGUCCGUAAGGCGGGAAAGGCUCGGGCCAUGCAUGGAGUGAGAAGAAACUGCGACGUGCAGGACUCUCGGGAGCUGCAGGAUUCAGCUUUGCUCCAGUCUGGGGGCGGCGCGGCUCGCUCUUCAGGAUGCGGAGAAGCCUGGACACAGCACGCAUGCGCAUCAACUUCUCCCGCCCUCCGAACUACGUUUCCCAGAAGGCGCGGCGGGUAAGGCGCAGCCUUGGCACGACGUAACUUCCGCUUUCCAGCCACUUUCUGUCCCGACAGUCAUUUCAGUCCAGCAGGGGGUCCCUGAGCGGGGAUCUGCGCGCUGGAGGAGAGGACCCUGCCUGGCCGGAGGGGGAGAAGAGUGGAGAGGAAGCCAUGGCCCCCCAGGAAUCAGUGACCUUCAAGGAUGUGGCCGUGGACUUCACCCGGGAGGAGUGGGGCUACCUGGACACCUCCCAGAAGGAGCUGUACCGGGAGGUGAUGCUGGAGAACUACAGGAACCUGGUCAGCCUGGGUUCUGUGUUUGUAAAACUGGAAACUGACCGUUUUGUGAUCUUGGACCUCAUCUCUGUACUCUCAGACCAGAGUUCCUCCCUAAAUUCCCAGUGCAGGUCUUUGAAGACAGGAAAGUUCCAGAUCAUCUUAGCAAGAGGCUUUGUGGUUGCCGAGCCAGAUGUGAUCUCUCAGUUGGAGCAAGGGGAGGCACCUUGGAUACCUGAGGGCCGAUUUCCAAGAAGCGGGCAUCCAGAUUCAGACACUAGACCUCAAAUCAAACAGUCACCUCCAGAGUCUGGCCUUACUGUGGAAGAAUCAUCCAGAAAAAGACUCUUAAGGGACACUCCUUGGAUCUUGAUGUUGGGGGGAGGCUGGGAUUGUUAUCCAAGGUUAAAGGAGGAGGAGGAGAGCAAGGAGGAUCAACAUUUAAGACAAAUAAAAAUCACUAAAAGGAAGUCCCGCAAUGAAGUGAGUGUCCAUGAAUAUAAAAAUGACAAAAGCUCUAUUCUACAGCCACAGAAGCGAUUUUUUGUAGGAAAGAAUCUUCUUCAUAAAUAUAAUAGACAAAGAAAAAGCUUCAAAAAAUAUUCAAAUGUAAAACAAUAUAGAAGUUGUUUAAAGAAAAUAUUUUCUGAUGACGAUAAAUGCCGGAAAUCCUUUAGCUGUAAUUUUGACUGUACUGAAAAACAUAAAGUACAUCCUGGAGAGAAAUUUUCUAAUUGUAAUGAAUGUGGGAAGACUUUCCUCCAGGACACUGAACUUACUCUGCACCAGAGAAUUCACAGAGGAGAAAAGAUUUAUGAAUGCACUGAAUGCAGAAAGGCCUUCCAGAAGAAUUCAUACCUUAGGAAACAUCAGAAAAUUCAUAGUGGAGAGAAACCUUAUAAAUGCAAUGAAUGUGGGAAGGCCUUUCACUGGAGGUCACAGCUUACUGAACAUCAAAGAAUUCAUACUGGUGAGAAACCUUUUGUAUGUAAUGAAUGUGGGAAGGCCUUCCUAAGGGGCUAUGAAAUUAUUCGACACCAGAGAAUACAUAUUGGAGAGAAAUCUCAUGAAUGCCAUGAAUGUGGGAAGGUCUUUCGCAGGACUUCCUGUUUUCAAAAACAUCAGAGACUUCACACUGGAGAGAAAGUAUAUAAAUGCAAUGAAUGUGGGAAGGCCUUCCACUGUAAUUCACACCUUUCUGAGCAUCAGAGAACUCAUUCUAGAGAGAAAGCUCAUAUAUGCAGUGAAUGUGGGAAAGCUUUCCUCCGGGCCACCGAACUUACUCGACACCAGAGAAAACAUGUGGGAAGAAAACCUUAUGAAUGCAAUGAUUGUGGAAAGGCUUUCCAGCAAAAUUCAUACCUUCGAAGACAUCAGAGAAUUCACACAGGAGAGAAACCUUAUGAAUGUAGUGAAUGUGGGAAGGCCUUCCUCCGGUCCACUGGACUUACUCGACACCAGAGAACACAUACUGGAGGAAAACCUUAUGAAUGCAAUGAAUGUGGUAAAGCCUUCCGCCAAAAUUCAUACCUUAUAGUUCAUCAAAGAAUUCACACUGGAGAGAAACCUUAUGAAUGUACUGAAUGUGGGAAGGCCUUUGUCCGGAGCACUAAUCUUAGUCAGCACCAGAGAACACAUACUGGAGAAAAACCUUAUAAGUGCAAUGAAUGUGGUAAGGCCUUCCGCUGUAAAUCACACCUUAUUGACCAUCAGAGAAUCCAUACUAGAGAGAAACCUUAUGUGUGCAAUGAAUGUGGCAGGGCUUUUGUCUGCAGUUCUAAUCUUAGCCAUCACCAGAGAAUUCAUACUGGAGAGAAACCAUAUGAAUGUAAUGAAUGUGGGAAGGCCUUCUGUAAGAGAGCAGAUCUUACUCAGCACCAGAGAACACACACUGGAGAGAAACCUUAUGAAUGCAAUGAAUGUGGAAAGACCUUCAGCCAGAACUCAUACCUUAGAAGACAUCAGAGAAUUCAUACUGGAGAGAAACUUUAUGAAUGUAAUGAAUGUGGAAAGACUUUUCUCUGGUCUCCUGAACUUAUUCAACACCAGAGAAUACAUGCUGGAGAGAAACUUUAUGAAUACAGUUAAGAUAGGAAGACCUUCAUUUAAAAGACAGUGCUUAUUACAUAUCAUAGAAUUCAUACUUGAUAGGAACUUUAUGUAUGUAAUGAAUAUGGGAAGAGCUUUGUCCAGAGCAUUAAUCUUAGCACCAGAGAAUUCAUACUUGAGAAAAACAUAUGUUGAAAGCCUUCUGUCAGAGGGCAGCUUUUACAAAUUACUAUGGAAUUCAUACAAGAGAGACCUUGUGAGUACUGUUAAUGUAGGAAUGCCUUCGGUCAGAAAACAGAUCUAACUAUGUACAUCAUAAGGUUCAUACUGCAGAAAAACCUUAUAAAUGCAAUGAAUGUGGGAAGGCCUUUUGCUAUAACUCAUCUUAUUCAACAUCAAAAUAUUCAUACAGGACAGAAAACUGUAUAAAUGCAAUGAAUGUGGAAAGAUUGUUUUCUUGAGAAAACCUGUCAAUUGGGACCAGCAAAUUCAUGCAGGGGAGAAAAGUGGUUAAUGAAAGGAUGUUAAAAAGUAUUUUCCAGGAGGACAGAGCUUUUUCAACAGUAGAAGAUUCAGAAGGUGGAGCCAAGUUGUUGGAGUAACAGGAAGAAGUACAGAUUAGCGCAUCCACUCAGCUUCCACAAUGACCUAAAAAAAUGCACUGGACCAUAUUCUCAUUUUAUAAAAAUGCAAGAAACAGUUAUUAAUGAGUCAUUUUUUCCAGCUCAGGGAGGCUUAGGGAAACAGUAUUGGCCAAAUUAAAGCUAAGGUCUCCAUGAAACAUCAGGAAAUAGUAAAAUAUGAAAAGACUGGAAAAAUAGGGAAAAAAUGUGAGGUAUCUUAUAGCAAAAAUAAAUGGCCUGGAAAUCACCCACAAUUAUUGGGCUACCUACAUACAAUGACUAAAAAAGCCUAGAUAUCAUAUUUCAGGAAAUCCUAAAACUACACAGAGCUCUUACAUUCAGAGGGCAAAAUGGAAAUAAAAUCCAUUGGUCCCCUACUAAAAGAAGAUCCAAAAUGAAAACUGCUAGGAAUAUCGUAGCCAAAAUCCAGAGCUCCUAGGUUAAAAAAAAAAAUUGCGAGCAUCCACAAAGAAAUGACUCAAGUACCAUGGAAACACAGGAUCAUACUUUACUAGCCACCAAGAAGAUCAUGAAAUAUGGAAUAUGGAAUAUGAUAUUCCAGAAAGCAAACAAUCUAGGCUUACACCCAAGAACUACUUAUCCUGUAUCUGAGUAGAAAACCUGACCUGCAAAUGCAGAAGUCAAGAUAAGCAUUAAAAAAAAAACAAAACAGACAUGGACUGUGUAAUCAUAAUGGACUAAAGUUAGACUAUUUACAUUCUUCUAUGGAAAGAUGAUACGUGUAACCCCAAAGAGGGAGUCUAAUUUGACUGAGGGUCUAUGAGUGCUUCUGUUAGGUUUUGAUGAUCUUAGAAUGGAAAGGGUAUGCAAGAGGAACACAGUGGGAGAGGGGAAAGGAAGAGGAAGAAUGCACUACUCAGACUUCUCUGACUUCACCAUGGUCCAGGAAGCUCCUUACUGGGAAAUCAUCCUGCAAAAUUCCAUCAGCCUUGGUACUCCACCUCAUCAUUUCCCUCUGCCCUUCUGUUUGGAGAGUGGGCCCGUGAACUUCAAAAUCUCCAUCUAAGGAGGGAGCUCACCUCAGACAUCUCAUUUCUUACCCAUUUGCACCACUUUGGGAUAUCACCAUGGCACCAAGCUGAGUACCUUUUCCCCUAUCCCCCCUCCUUUUUAGCUUUUUGUUUUUUUCUUUCCCCAUUAGAUUGUAAGCUCCUUCAGGGCAAGGUGGAUUGGAUUAUUUUGUACUUGCAUUUCAGCACCUAGCACAGUGCCUGGCACAUAGCACUUAAUAAAUGUUUACUGACUAGAGGAAGGAAGAGAAAGAAUGGGGAAAUUUAUUUCACAUAAAUGAGGUGUGAAAGUAGACAUCUAUACAAC